GCCGUUUCAGAAGACAUCAUACUCGAGAAGCUUGCCGUGUCUUCGCUUUGUUCUGCGGUGCGCACAAACUUUAGCCGAGAAGUAUGCCAAAGCAAGGAGUACUGAGCCCAAUUUUCUAACAUGCUCUGGAAUAUUUUUUGAUAAGGCGGCAGCCUUUCAUAAAAAUAUAUCGCCUGGAUUACUUAAACAUCUCAAGACUGUAGAUUGCGUCUUAAGAGUAACUUUUGCUAUCGAGCAUGAAGGGGACAUUGAAGUCAUAACAGGCUACCGAGCGCAACAUAGUCGACAUAGACUUCCAGUUAAAGGAGGAAUUCGGUAUUCUUUGGAUGUCGAUUUGCAAGAAGUUGAGGCUCUAGCAGCUUUGAUGACUUACAAGUGCGCCGUGGUCGACGUUCCUUUCGGUGGAGCUAAAGGAGGGAUUUGUAUCGAUCCUAAAAAAUACUCUGUGGCUCAACUAGAAAAUAUUACUCGUCGUUACACUAUGGAACUCUGCCAGAAAAACUUUAUCGGGCCCGGAUUGGACGUUCCGGCGCCGGACUUGGGCACGAGCGGGCGGGAGAUGGCGUGGAUCAAAGACACUUACCAGCAAUUUAACAUCAACGACGUCAAUUCUUCUGCUUGUGUUACUGGAAAACCCGUGACCCAAGGAGGCGUGCGUGGUCGCACUGAAGCGACGGGAAUGGGUGUCUAUUUUGGGAUUCGUGACUUUCUUCAGUUUCCAUUUGUCCAGCAAAUGACAGGCUUAACUGGCGGGAUCGAAGGGAAAACCUUUGUGAUUCAAGGCUUGGGAAACGUGGGCUACUACACUGCAAAAUUCAUCAGCGAAGGCGGAGGCAAAGUGAUUGCCGUUGCGGAGUGCAACGGGGGGAUCGCCCAUCCGGACGGCCUUAAUGUAAAGGACGUCUAUACUUAUUGGAGGAACUACGGCACAUUCGAAGGAUUUCCCGAUGCGAAAUUUUUGGAGGAUCCAUUGCUGCCUCUGGAAAUGGAAUGCGACGUUCUCGUGCCCGCCGCCAUCGAAAAAACAAUUCACGUGGGAAACGCAGAUCACAUCAAAGCUAAAAUUGUGGCAGAGGCGGCAAACGGGCCCUGCACUCCUCGAGCUCAAGAGAUUCUUGCCAAGAAGCGAGUUAUUAUUAUUCCAGAUUUGUACCUCAACGCUGGAGGUGUUACUGUUUCUUACUUUGAAUGGCUUAAAAAUUUGUCGCAUGUUCGCUUUGGCCGGCUUAAUAAAAAAUGGGAGGAGCACAGUAAAUCUCUUUUGGUUAAUUUUUUAGAAACCCAGGUUAAUCGGAAACUUUCCGAGCGAGAAAGGAAAUUAGUUAUUUAUGGCGCUAAAGAAGAAGACAUCGUUUAUUCCGGAUUGGAAGACACAAUGUAUAAUGCAGGCGUGGAGAUCGUGGAAACGGCUGAGAAACUGAAUUGCGAUCUUCGAACUGCCGCAAUUUAUAACGCUAUCUCGAAAAUUCAAAAAGUUAGUUACGAAUCAGGAAUUAUGUUUUCUGCGUAG